UUGCCAUAGAUACAUGUUAUCCUUAUCAAGCUUGAAUCAGGAGGAAACAUAACAAGAUGAUUAGAAUUAUGAUUAGUAUAAAGUAGGAAGCAUCCUUACAGUAGAGCUUAGAGCAUCAGUAGAACAACUACAGAACCAGUUUCAGUGUAUCGUGAGCAGUUCAAACCGUGGUUCAAACACAACGGAAGGUGCGUGGGCGGAGGAGGCGUGACAGAAGAUAAAGUUAAUCAUUUCACGCCGGAGAUUUGUCAGAAAUUGUAAACGAGUUGUCAAAACGUACUCGUGUCAAAGUCUGAGGAGAGCAAUUUAGGUGAACUUUCACCGACUAUCAAAUAUCUAGCUAUGGAGACUUAUGAGAGUGUUCUGUUGGUGAAAUCUGAAGUUUUUGUCUUCAAAAUACCGCCAAGGUCAACGAAUAGGGGUUAUCGGGCAGCUGAUUGGAACCUAGAGGAGCCCUCAUGGACAGGGCGUAUGCGAUUAGUAUCACAGGGUGAUGCCGUGACCAUAAAACUUGAAGAUAAGGUAUCUGGAGAACUUUUUGCAAAGUGCCCCAUUGAUACCUAUCCUGGUAUCGCAGUUGAACCAGUCACAGACUCGUCCAGAUAUUUUGUAUUACGGAUACAAGAUGAUAAUGGGAGAUCUGCCUUCAUUGGAGUUGGAUUCUUAGAUAGAUCAGAUAGCUUUGAUCUCAAUGUUGCUCUUCAGGAUCACUUUAAAUGGCUGAAAAACAGAGAGCAAAUCGAAAAAGAAAAGGAUGUACCCAAGCAGGAGUUGGAUCUCAGGUUCAAAGAAGGAGAAACCAUAAAAAUCAACAUGAAGAUCACUAAAAAGGAUGGCAGUGAGGUUUCCUCAAAGUCAAAGGCACGGGGAAAUACUGCUCUUGGCCUACCUCCGCCUCCAGGUGGUGUAAAGAUAGCUCCACCUCCAGCCAGAACACCGACUUCGUCACCAGCCCACAGGUCAUUUCAGAUUCAACCAAAUCAGCCAGCAACUGGUUCUGAAUGGGGUGAAUUUGCAAGUGCAACCCAACAGCCUUCCGCAACGGCUCCAGGCUCAGUUGCAAACGCAACAAAUGCUAGCUGGGUGCAGUUCUAAUCGAGAACAGAGAAAUCCUGUUGCUCAGACAUAAACUAGAUUAGGUUAUCCACAUUUAUUGUUUAUCACAUUGCUUUGUUGAGUAAAGCACCGGUUAUGAUACGACGUACUCCGAGGUUUCCAAUCCAUUUUUCUUUAGAUACUGAUUUUUUUGUGGCAACAAGUUCGAUUUUAGACAAUACAAAGUAUUUAUUUUGAUCGUAUUUUCGAAUUUAUUAAUUCGAACUUUUGUCCCUACUUGAUAAUUCGGCUAAAUUGUAUUGAAAAUUUGUUUGCUAAAUACUUCAUACGUAACGCCAUAGAUAUCUAUGGUAAUGCUAUGCUGUGUUGCGCCAGCUUUCUGUCCUCGAAUUUCUAUCUGAGUAAGAAUAAAAAGAAUAUUAAUGUUACUAAUAUACUUAGCUUACUGACUCAAUGUCAGGAAUGUAUAAAUUCUGCCACCAAAUCGAUAUCAGUAUUUAGGGUGAUUCCCAAUAUGUGUUCUCGACAGUGAUUCAGUCGUUGCUCUUAGAAUUAUAUAUCUUAUUAAUGUAAUUAAAGUAUCGCUUGUGACUUAUUUUAUGAUUGUCAGGUGAAGGAUGCCUAUAUCUUUAGUGUAACUGCGAAUUUCACUAAAAGUAUGACUUGGAAGUGAUUUAUUUUUGGAAAUUUUUUGUUCUGAGCGAACAAUUGACAACACGCCACGUUGCACAAAUUGUGAAUCACUCGCGUUGUAGAGAGAAUUUUCAGAGCGUUCCUCGCAAAGUUAUUCCGUUUCAUACAAGGCCUGAAUUGUUGCUAGCUUUCGAUGUUUGUAUACACUACAAAAGUUGAAAAAUCAUGUUAGCCUAGACGAAUGAGUUGUGUAAUCGUAGGUACAUAAACCGCUGUGUGUAUGUAUCCAAUAUACCCUCGUAUUCAUAAUAUAGGUAUAUGCACAUAGAGGUGUACACAACAGCUAACUUAACUGUGUUGCUUUAGUAUUUAAAGAGAAAAAAAAAAUAAUAAAAUUAUAAUAACAUGGAAGUUGCAAUUGAUAGCAGCAUGCUGAAAACAUAAUGAUACAAGUAAGACUUAUUAUUAAUAAACUUUUUUAAUCUUACUUGCAAGAACUAGAUGUUAUUUUGAAAUAAAGUAAGAAUAUUAUUAAAUCAUAAGAGGUACCCCGUUACAUAAAAAUUAUAUUUUACAAAAAUAAGCAAUUGAGUGCUAGAUAAAUUUUAAUCACGUGUUCUUAGCAGCAAGUCCCAUUAGGCGAUGCAUUGAAACUUAAGAUACCUGUACGAAUCAUUUUUGUACACCGCCCUCACCAUUUUUUCUUACACACAAAGAAUAAUUUAAAAAAUUAUAUCCAGUGAACUAAUAGCUAGUUUAUUCAUUAUCUAGACUGUAUGUAGAAACACAUGAAUGUAUGUAUGUAUUGUACACUGACCGUCAUUAAUGGCUACCCGGCAUUUACGUGUAAGGAUAUAUUCUCACACGUAAACAUCGGAAAGCCAUAUUAAUACCAGUCAGUGAAUGUGCACUAGAGUGGUCCUUUUGAAUUUUUUAGACCAACUCCCUAAUUAUUAGUUGCACAGAAAUACCGAUUCAAAAUAUCGAUUUAGAGCAUUACGAAUUUUCUUUAAGUAGGUACAAAUCAAACAAAAUGUUUAAAAAUUAUUUUUGAAAAUCAUAAAAAAAAUUGUGCGAUACGUAUUCUCGAUGGACUUAAGAGCUUAAACUUUUGGGGUUUUCUUUCUCGUAAUUGGAACCAUUCAAGAGAUUGGUCUGAAAAAAUUAAAAACACCAUUUUAAAAACCACUCUAGUGUACACCAUAUAUAUUGAACUCGUAUAUCAGAGACUAAAUAUCUGUGUAUCGUGACACAGCAUUGGGAACAUAUCUGGUUGAGAAAAUUCAAUAGAAAGUCAAAUUAAUAAAAGUGGUUUUCUUAUGUUUUUCUUUGAGAAAUGAGUGAAAAAAAAAAUGUACAAUACAUCCAUAUGCAGUAUGGUUGAAUGUGGAUAAUUUUAUUUAUCGUUGAAGCUCAACAUCAGCAAGCAGGCAGAUUCAAUUGACUUGUGACUUUCUAGUGUACAUGAAUAAUCAUGGCUUUUUGUUUUCUUCCUUGGAUAAUGAUGUAUCCGUGUGUUAAUAUAAAAAAACGAGGUUGAUUAGUAACUUACAGUAUGGUAUAGGUAUAGGGACAUGUUACGGAAAAAUAAAACUAAACAAAGAGUUGAUGAGUUCCAUUCCAUGGUAUAUAUUUACUUCAAAGAGACAAAGAGUAAAAACUAUACAGUCUGUGCGUCGCAAGAUGGUCUAUUAUCAUACAUAUAAUAUAUUUAUGUGUACCGACAAGUUAAUGUUGGGUCCAAUUUACGGCGUGAAGCACUGUAGCAAAAUAGAAAUGUUGUUAUAUUCUAUUACAUUAUAUAUAUUUAUGUCUGUCAAUAUAGUAAUAAUAAUAAACUGCAUAGUUGAUA